UCUAUCUGUAAAUGCAGGGAAAGAAACGCAUAGUAAAACAGUUACAAACGGAUAGGAUACAUUUUUUAUCCGUUUCUAAUGGAAUUUUUACCAGGGCUCUAAUCUAUCAGAAUAAUGCUAAGCAUUAAAUUAUCCCCAGCUAUGUCAUUAUUAUAUAGUGAAUCAGCAGAAAGUCCAAUCCUGCUAUAUUGAAAUGAAUAAUUAGAUAGUUUUGUUUAUGAAGGUUUAAAUCAUUUUUUUUUCCAAUAAAAGUGAAUAAUAUACAAAAAAUGUGUUACAUUAAUUGAAAGUGAUUCGGAAUGAUCCUUAUUUUUUUGGACAAAAAAUGUAAAUAUGUCAAUAUCAAAUACUGUACAUCAUUCAAUAAUAAUAUUCUAAGAUUAAUACAAUUUAAGAUUAAUUCAAUCUAAGAUUAAUACAAUUUAAAGAAAAUUCAUAUUAAUUCAUCUAACUUUGAGUACAAUUUCUGUAAUAAUAAUAAUAAUGAGCUUAAAAAUAAUUAUUUAUAUUUAUAUUUACAUAUCAAGUUAGAUGAUAAAUAAUUUAAUUAUUUUAUUUUUUACAUAAAAUAAUUUAGAUUAGAUUACAUAAAAUAAUUUAAAUAAUUACGAAACAACAAAUGUGUAUUUUUUCUGUGUUAUUACUCGCCAUAAGACUUUAUAUAAUCAAUUUCUGUUGUAAUUUCGCUGAUAUCAAUAUGACCUUUUUAUUUUCCAUAAGACAAAUAUUUUCAAAAUUUGCUAAUUGAACAGAAUUAAUUAAUGUGCGAGUGAAGAAAUUUGCGCGCGACACAUUCAAAAUACCAUUGACAUAGAUAACGAAACUUUGCAUCUGAAAAAUACUUCGGAAAGAAACAAAAUAUAAACAUCUUUGUAUACCGUUUAAGGUUUGACUGAUGAUUCGUUGAAUAACAAAGCUCAGUAGCUCAGUCAGCGGAUGUCGGGCAUCGAAAUAUAAGACAGGAACGAUAAACGAUUUAAGCAACGAAAUUUUUCGAAGAGAAGCGAAAAAAUUGAUAAGAUGUCUCUCAAAUUCGAUAUUUUGUACAUCGGCGAUGAAAUAUUUAAUAAUGUCCGUUAUCUGCAUGACACUAUAGCCAGUAUAGAAGGAAUUUUGACUUCUUGUAGUCCUGUAAAAUAUGAUGAAAAUAUGAUAAAGAAAUAUUUAAUUUGUCUAAUUAACGAGGAUAAAAGUGAUAUCAUUAUCAUAACUGGUGAUCUUAGUCUUCCCUCGAAAAAUAAUGCUAUACAUAAAGUGAUUAAUCAAAUGAAUGAUAAUAAUAUCUCCGAAGAACUAAAGAUAACACUCUCGUUUCUAAAACAGAACUUAAAGAUGACAGACUUUAUUAGUCCCACAUGUGCAGUACGAAACCAAAAGCUUAUUAUCAGUAUGUGUCCUUAUCAAGAUUUACAAAAAAGUUUAAAGGACAAUGAAGUAACAUUGAUGCAAAUAAUUUGGUUGCUGACUGAGGAAUAUAAUAAUAAAUUAAAAAAAUCUUUGAACAACAAGAAAGAAGAUAUUGAUCCUACACAUUAUUUGUAUUCCAAUUGUAAAGAAGAGAUGUGCGAUGACAAAAGUAAUGAUGUAAAUGAAACGGAAAAAGAAAAGAAAAUGAUUGGAGUGCCUAAAGAACUGGACAUAAUACGUAAUAUAGUAGAACAAGCAUCGUCAGAUACAGAAGUCGUGCGUACGAAAGACGCCUAUGGCAGGAUAUUGGCCCAAGUUGUGUAUGCAACAGCAGACGUGCCGUCUUUUAGGACUUCGGCCAAACAUGGAUAUGCGAUGCUGGCCAGUGAUGGGAUGGGCAUAAGAAAAGUACAGACAGCAUCUUCCAUGGCCACUGACAGUAAUUCAAUCGUACAUGGCACGUGCAUGUGGGUAAGAAGUGGAGCAGCUAUACCUAAUGGAGCAACGGCAGUUGUAAUACCCGAAAAUGUAAAAAUAACGAAAAAACGAAACGAUGAUAAUGAUUAUUUCAAUAUGGCACAAGAAAUUGAUGUCCUAAUUGAGCCACAGGAGGGUGCAAAUAUUAGAGAUGUUGGCUGUGAGAUAAAGAACAAACAGUUAAUUUUAAGAGCACACUGUCGUCUUGGACCAGCAGAAUUGGGAAUUUUGACAUUAUGUGGGAUUAAUGAAAUUAUCGUCUUUAAAGAGUCAUCUAUAGGUUUAUUAUCGAUUGGAGACGAAUUAGAAGAACCUGGAAAUGUUUUAACUCCAGGGCGCAUCUACGACAGCAACAGGAUAACUUUGAGCUCCUUGUUGAGAAAGAACGAUUAUAAUUCCGUGGACUUUGGAAUUUCGGUUUAUCAGAAAAAUGUUAUAAUCGACAAAAUCAGCUACGCUUUAAAAAAAGUAGACGUACUCGUGACGAUGGGCCGUGCGAAUAAUAAAGAUAUGUUAAAGAAUAUUUUGAUCCAAAACUUUAAUGCCACUAUACACUUUGAUUGCGUGGAUAUGAAACCAGGGAAAUCAACAAUGUUUGCAACGUGCAAGGUUGAUGACGAACAAAAGUAUUUCCUGUGCAUGUCGGCAAAUCCAACAACCGUUCCCAUUGUUGCACAUAUAUUUCUUCUGCCGCUUCUGGACGAAUUGCGCUUGUACGUCCAUAAGAACCCUACCAUACUUGCUUGCGUAUAUUCGCAGCAGGAGCUGCAUGCACGUCACAAAUUUUCAUGGGCGACCUUAUGCUGGACCGAAAAGGAUACAUUUGCAAAGGUUUUGCGCUUGGAAAACAAACAAAACGUGAUGAACUAUAAAGACGCUAAUGCACUUGUAAUGCUGCCAAGACGUACCUUUGAGUAUCCAAAAUUAGAGCCCGCAUACAUAUUAGCGUUACUUCCUGAUUUGAAAUAAUCUCUGCUAAGAGAUUUUUCAUUGACCAAUAUUCGCAUACUUUGCAAUGUUUUACUCAAUUAAACGAGGACGUGUUUAUAAAGACCAACAUAGAUAGAUCAAUUUAACUCAAUUAUAUAGAUCAAUUUGACUCAAUUAUCAAGAUAAGAAUAAUUUUACUGUUGUAACGGGUGAAAAUAUCAGAUAUUUUUAUCAUUCACACUGAAAAAAAAUCCUUGAAAUGCAUUUAGUAAUGAUGUUAAAAUAUUUGAUUGUUAUAAACAAAUAUCGUAAUAAUAAAAUUAUAAUAUUAAAACGUUUGGUAAUAAUUAUAAACAUUUUGUUAUAAUUAUAUUAUUUUGUUAUAAUUACCUUGCAUUUAAUUGAAGUUUAGAGACUGUUUCACUAAAGUUUUGGAUAAUUUUGAUCAAGGGAUUAUUAUAACCAAGUCUUUUUUUUCAGUGUAUGAGUGAAUCUUAUCAUUUUAUUUUAUUAAAUGAAUAUUAUCUUACUAGUAAUUUUUCUCGUUUAAAAUUGUUUUUUAAGUGUAAACAUGCCAAUACUUUGUAUAUCAUGACAUGAAUUAAUUUUAGUAAAUAAAAUUUUAGAGAGCAUUAUAUGAACAA